AUGGGGACACAUCUAGACCAAACGUUUGUGAGUGAAGGAAACUGGAAACCAGACCUUUUCGCAGGGAAAGUUGUAUUUGUUACCGGAGGUGCUGGUACGAUAUGUAAAGUGCAAGCAGAGGCAAUGAUAUUGCUAGGAGCAAAUGCAGCAAUUGUUGGGCGGAAUCCAGAUAAAACCAUAGAGGCAGCCAAAGACCUACAAGAGCUUCGGAAAGAUUGCAAGGUGAUUGCAUGUCCUAACGUUGAUGUCCGCAAGGUUGAGAGUAUUAAACAGGCGGUGGAUAAGACCGUGGAGGAAUUGGGACGAAUUGAUUUUGUUAUUGCUGGAGCAGCUGGGAAUUUUUUAGCUGACUUCAAUCAUUUAUCGUCGAAUGCUUUUAAAUCAGUGGUGGACAUUGACCUAUUGGGGUCUUUCAAUACGGUUAAGGCAACUUUCAAUCAAUUGCGUCAAAACAAAGGAUCGAUUCUCUUCGUUAGUGCAACUUUGCAUUAUUACGGUAUUCCCUUUCAAAUCCACGUUGGUGCAGCCAAAGCCGGAGUGGAUGCUCUAUCCAAUGCAUUGGCGGUGGAAUUGGGCCCCGUUGGGAUUAGAAGCAAUUGUUUGGCCCCCGGCGGUAUCGAGGGAACUGAAGGCUUACAGAGAUUGAAACGAAACGUCCAAAAAAAUAUCGAGUCGGUUCCUUUACAAAGAAUUGGUACUAGAAGAGAUAUUGCUGAAUCAACAGUUUUCUUAUUUUCUCCAGCUGCAAGUUACAUCACUGGUACCGUUCAUGUCGUUGAUGGUGGCCUGUGGCACACCGGCCAUAGUGCCACCAGUGAGAUCUAUCCGGUAAUCAUCACUGAAAAGAAUUCUGAACCAGUUCUUAAACUAUAA